AUAAUUUUUUUAAUAUUUGUGCAUUCGUCUAAAACUACUUACAAUAAAAAAAAUAAAGGGAGUAGUUUUUAAUUGGCAUAUUAAAUGAUGUUCUAAAGCAAUUUUCUUGUGAAACGAAAGCAUUAAAUAAUAUACUCCCUCUGUUUUUAAUUAUAAGUAGUUUUACUUAAAAGUACAAAUAUUUAGAAAGUUGUUAUCUAAAAAAAUAUAUCAUUUAAUCAAUUAAUUCAACCAAUUAUAAAAAGUUUAACAUUAUUUUAUUGGUCACACAAUAUCUAAUAAAUAAAAAAGGUGCAUUGAAAUAUGUAAACUACUUAUAUUGUGAAAUAAUUUUUUUUUGCUAAAACUACCUACAUUUGAAAACAGAGGGAGUAGUAAUGAUUUCUCUUUUUCGAAGUGAAACACAAAUAAUGCUCUAUUAGUGACCAAUUUUUUCUUGAAAUCCACACACAACAUAACUCCUUUACUAUCAAUUUCGAACGUUCGGGGGCAGUGAAUAAAUGAAUAUGGUUCAGAAAACCGUACGGUUUAACUCACAGCAACGAAACACAAAAAUUGAAUUCAAGUCAUUAAAUGUUUGGUUAAUAAACGUGCCAAAGAAAAAGCCCCAUUCAACCAAUAACCUUUCGGUACAUCGUAAUAGAAUCUUUUCAACACUUUCCACGUGGCAAGUAAACAAAAAGCCACGUGUAGUAACAGUCAAACCAGUCAAAGCCACAACGGAUAUUAUCUUGUCUCCCGCCUUUCUUUAUAAAAAGCACACAGACAAGAACACAGAGACUUGUCUCUGCAACUCUGAAACCUCCGUUUGACCCUUUUACCUUUCAAGAGAGAGAAAGAAGGAUGACGAAGCUCGACGUUCUCCGUCGCUACCUCCUCCCGUGCGUCUCACCUCCGACGAAUCCAACCGCCGCGUCGCCAUCCACCGGACCAGUCUCCAAGAAACGUCUCAGCACUUCCCUCAGAGACGACAUCGACGUCCAAGACUCCGCUUCUUCCUCCGCCUCUUCCUCCGAGGCCACAUCCUUCGCCGCCGCCGUUGAUUCCGACUCCGACUACCUCUCCGUCGCGACGCAGCCGCCGAGACCCUCGAAGACGAUGGUCAUCGGUACGCUUUUCGGGAGGAGAAAGGGACACGUGUGGUUCUGCGUGCAGCACGACCGUCUCUCAGUCAAACCUCUCCUUCUCCUCGAGCUCUCCAUCGCGACGAGCCAGCUUGUUCACGAGAUGGGUUCGGGUCUCGUUCGCGUGGCUCUUGAGUGUCCGACCCGGCCCGAGUUGAAGUCUUGCCUCUUGAGAUCCGUGCCCGUUUGGACCAUGUUCUGCAACGGGAGGAAGCUUGGGUUUGCUGUGAGGAGGAGCGCCAAGGACGAGACGAGAGUGAUGUUGAAGAAGCUUGAGUCGAUGACUGUUGGUGCGGGGGUGUUGCCGUCUGGUUCCGGGUCGGGGGAAGCGGAUUCUGACGAGGUUAUGUAUAUGAGGGCCAACUACGAGCACGUUGUUGGUAGCUCUGACUCUGAGUCUUUUCAUCUCAUCAACCCGGAUGCUAACUCGGCUCAAGAACUCAGCAUCUUCUUGCUCAGAACCUCUGCCUAGUUACCUUCUUGUUGGUCUAAUUAUGAAUGCUUUUCAUCAAAGAUAGGUUUAGAGAUCUUAGUGUUUUGAGUUCUUAGUGAGAAAUUUCUAAGCGGAUUUGAGUUCUUGAGCGUUAAACAUAUUAUUUUGUUAGUGAGUUAACAAGUGUUCUCGAGUGUAAUGAUAGAGAAACUUUCAAGAUUUUGUUUAGUAA